AUGCCAGUGCAUUUCGAUACCCUCUCGCCCCCUCCUAAGAAGACAAAGACACUCAAGCCCGGCCGAGGAAGUGAGCACCACGAUAAACUUCUCGAUUCUCCUUCUCCUAACCUCCAUUUCCCACAUGGCAGCAUUACCGUCGCGGAAAUUGCGUGCUUUCUACCCCAGUGGUAUAAGUCAUGGGACGUCAUCGAUCGCGCUAUAAGCAAUGGAGGUACAGCAGCGAUUAUUGCUCGCCUCAUAAACACCUGCCGCGAUAUGCCAAAUGGAAAGAUCACAUCCAAUACAAUGUAUCGGAUGAUGAAAACCUCGAUCGAAAAGCGUGCACUACAGGAUGAAGCGUACAAAGGCUGGUGUGUGAGUUCUCAUGUCGUGCCAGAAGACUGGGAUGCAACUAGCGUUUCUGUCGCUGGUUUUAGAAUACCCUACCAGACGCAUCCUUUCGUCGUCAAUCGCAACAAGUCCCCAGAUCCGGUCCCAUUCAAGGACCUCACAGUCGGCGUAAAGCAGAUGCCGACUGGCUUCGAUGCGUUGGAUCUUACUCGCUGCGUCAAGUAUCACCUCGAGCAUGAUGGAGAGGAGUGGAACUUUCCAGAUGACUUCGAGGCGCUCAUCAACGUUUUGGGUGGCCCGACUCCCUUACAUCCGGAGCAUUACGAUAAUGCUGUCUUCAACCGUUGGAGUACGACUUCCUCUCGGUGUGCAACAGUCAACAUGUUCCGUCUCCCCCGCGAUACUCAUGGUCGAUUGUUGAAACCCACUCAUGACGAGAUCGAAGGAGACUUCACCGACCAUGAGGAAUCUGACGAGGGCGUAGAUUACGAUGAGCUCGAUGGUGAUAGUGGCUCGGAUACCGGCCUGCGACACUCACAGCGUGUCCGAGCAACCAAACGUGUUCGUAUUCUUUCUCCUGAAGAUUCGGAUGACAGCCCUCUUGCCAAACGUCGUCGACUUCAUCCAACAGCCGCUCGUCGCGUCCGAGCUAACGUAGACGAACCAGAGUCUAGUGCUGAAGACCCAUCGUUCAAGGGUUCUAAGCGUGCUCAAACGGCCGGCCGUAAGAUGCGUCGUGAGUCAUCCGGUCGUCGGUCAGCUCGAUUCUCUGGAUCUUAUCGGGUCGGCGAUGGCCGAGACGAGGAGAUGGACGAUGGUUCUGAGGUCCUGACAGAGGACGAGUCGUAUGACAGCGCCUAA